AUGUUUUCAGUUGGAAGCCUUAUUUUGUUUCUCACAGUCUUCACACAUAUCUUUGUUUCUCGGUCUCUCAAUGUCCCAAAGCCAUGCAGCUCAUACACUUUUCCUAAUCACAUUAACUAUGCAGCAUGCAAGGAUUUGCAAUUUCUUGAAUCGUCUCUGCACUGGAAUUACUAUCCAUCCUCAAGAACAGUUGAUCUUGCUUUCAAGAAGGAAAACACAACGGAUUCUAGUUGGAUUGCUUGGGCCAUCAACCCCACCUCAAAGUGUAUGGUUGGUUCCCAAGCAUUUGUAGCCGUCCCAACAUCAUAUGGGACUUUGAAAGCCUAUACCUCACCAAUAACAAGUUAUGUAACCCUCUUGCAACACGGUAACCUCAGUUUCCCUGUUCAUAAUGUUUCGGCAAUCUACACAAACGGCCACAAGAUCAUUUUUGCAAGUUUCCAACUGCCAUCCAAUGUGACGUUGGUGACUCAGGUUUGGCAAGAAGGUUUUUCUUGGGAUGAUGGAAAUUUAAAAGCACAUUUCCUAUCAGGACCUAAUCUUCAGUCUUUUGGCACCUUAGAUUUUAUAUCUGCGAAUGUUUCAGAGAUAGGUGUAAAAGUGAAUUCCUCAAAUACCACACUAAAAAAGGUCCAUGGAAUCUUGAAUUCUUUUAGUUGGGGAUUUCUAAUGCCUCUUGGGGUAAUAUUUGGUCACUACAUGAAAGAAUUUGAAUUUGAUUGUGGCGCACCUGCACGCGUUUUGCAUCUCACCUGUGUGUCUCUAGCAUUUUUUAUUGGCUCUGUUGGCUGUUUUACUGGUUUGUAUCUGGGAAAUCAUAAUCAUUCCGGAGUUCAUAAUGCUUCACACAGAUUCGUUGGCAUCACUCUAAUGUAUUUGACAUAUGUUCAAUUGGGAUAG